UUUUCAAAUUACGAUGAUCGGAACUUGACUUGCGAAUCGAAAGGCAAAACUGAUUUUAAUUAAGAAAUUUAAUUGAUUCGAUUGAAUUAAGUUUGCUAUUGCGUUUAAAAUUGAGGAAAUAAGGUUGUAAGUGUUUCAUUUGUAAAGUUAAUCGGGUUUUGAUUGGGGUUUCUGGUAAACAUGCAUUUAGGAAAGUUAAAUAUUUUGCUUCUAGUUCUGGUCUUCUCAUUAGACUUUGUAAGGAGUGAAGAAGACUAUGCCCCUGCAAUCCCUGAUGACGCUGAUGAAGCAGUCGAUGAUGACGCAGGGGUCGCAGAUGACGCUAACGGAGAUGUAGCCACAAAUAAUGAUGCGGUGGCGGAUGACGACGCAAUAAAUGAUGACGCCAUGCCAAAUGAUCCCGUGAAUGGGGAUAUAGUUGAAGCUGAAAGUGUAAAUCCUGUAGAUCCUCCUGCAGGAAUGGAUGAUCCAAAUCCAAUUCACACAUGUGUACCUGGAACACAUUUCAAGGUCGACUGCAACUAUUGCUAUUGCUUCAAUUCAGGUAUACAAAGCUGUACCUUUAUAUUUUGCGGACAUGGAGACAUGAAACUGUCAAGCAAUCCGGCUAAAAGACUAGCAUUCAAGAAGUUGCGAGAACAUGCAACUGGUUGCAUUCCUGGAGAGAAAGUUAAACACGAACUCACGAAUUGUGAGUGCUCUUGCACCAUACCCAGCGUCCUGACGUGCCCCGAAAACUGCCUGCGAUAGAACUUUACGAUAAUCUCGAGGGUAAACUGCGAAUCAAUAUUUACUACACAUGAAUAUUUACAGACCUCUCAAAUGAUUAAAAAAUA